AUGGCUGAUGAUAUCUCUUGUCGAUAUGAUGGUCUCAACUGCAGUGUACCAGUUAUACAAAAUGGUAUGAGUAAUGCUUCACUCAUUCAAUAUGGCGCUACUGUUCAGUUUACAUGUGAGCAUACAUACUUUCUGUGGGGGAGUUCAUCAGCUACAUGCAACAGUAAUGGUACAUUGAGCUCAGUGCCGAUAUGUUAUAGGCUGACCGGCAUAAGAAUUUGCAGGCCACCAAACAUUAUCACAAGAAUAACUGAGAGGCUAUUCAAUUACACUUCAGCAAGAGCACUGUGUAGCAGUCACAAUGGCACAAUUCUCUCUGAAGCGUCGUUCCACGAUGGGUGCUCAAUUGGCUUGACAGACCAUAACAGAGUGGCGUGGAGAGGAUUACCUGACAAGAAUAACAAGGCGUUGACUACAUAUGGUGUCCCAGUAGACCUGUCCCUCCGUUUACGCGUAGUGUGCGAGAUACCCUGCCUUCCUCGACAAAAUGAUCAAAUGGAGUCCAAACCAAUGGCUGAUGAUAUCUCUUGUCGAUAUGAUGUUCUCAACUGCAGUGUACCAGCCAUACAAAAUGGUAUGAGUAAUGCUUUACUCGUUCAAUAUGGCGCUACUGUUCAAUUUACAUGUGAUCAUACAUACUUUCUGUGGGGGAAUUCAUCAGCUACAUGCAACGGUGAUGGUACAUUGAGCUCAGUGCCGAUAUGUUAUAGGCUGACGGACAGAAGAGGUUGUGGGACAACAAUGACCAUAAUAGGAACAACUCGCCGCCAAUUGAGUUACACUUCAGGGCAAGCACUGUGCAGCCGUCACAAUGGCACAAUUCUCUCAGAAGCGUCGUUCCGCGAUGGAUGCGCAAUUGGCUUAGCCUACGAAGGCAGAGGAGUGGCGUGGAUAGGUUUGCCUGACAAGAAUAACAAGGCAUUGACUACAUAUGGUACUCCACUAGAUCUGCAUCGCCAUUUGCUUGUAGUGUGCGAAAUACGGGAAACAUGA